AUGGCAGUGGCCACGGUGGCGGCGCUGUUGGCCGCGCUGGGCGGGGCCCUGUGGCUGGCGGCCCGGCGGUUCGUGGGCUCCAGCGCCCGGCGGCUGCCCGGAGCAGGGGAGGCCGGCCUCAUGCGCGGGAAGACCGUGCUGAUCACGGGCGCCAACAGCGGCCUGGGCCGCGCCACGGCCGCCGCGCUGCUGCGCCUGGGGGCGCGGGUGAUCAUGGGCUGCCGCGACCGCGCGCGCGCCGAGGCGGCGGCGGGGGAGCUGCGCCGCGCCCUCCGGCGGGACGGCGACCCCGGCGCGGACCCCGCCGGCGGCGCGGGCGAGCUGGUCGUCAAGGAGCUGGACCUCGCCUCCCUGCGCUCCGUGCGCGCCUUCUGCCGGGAGCUGCUCCAGGAAGAGCCUAGACUGGACGUCUUGAUCAAUAACGCAGGGGUCUUCCAGUGCCCUUACAUGAAGACCGAAGAUGGGUUUGAGAUGCAGUUUGGGGUGAACCAUCUGGGCCACUUUUUACUCACCAAUCUGCUCCUGGGACUACUCAAAAGUUCAGCGCCCAGCAGGAUUGUGGUAGUUUCUUCCAAACUUUAUAAAUAUGGGGACAUCAACUUUGAAGACUUGAACAGCGAGCAAAGUUAUAAUAAAAGCUUCUGCUACAGUCGCAGCAAACUGGCCAACAUCCUCUUUACCAGGGAGCUCGCCCGCCGCCUGGAAGGCACAGAGGUCACUGUCAAUGUCUUGCACCCUGGCAUUGUGCGGACUAACCUGGGGAGACACAUCCACAUUCCACUGCUGGUCAAACCACUUUUCAAUUUGGUGUCUUGGGCAUUUUUCAAAACUCCAGUAGAAGGUGCGCAGACUACCAUUUAUUUAGCCUCUUCUCCAGAGGUAGAAGGUGUGUCAGGAAAGUACUUUGGGGAUUGCAAAGAGGAAGAACUAUUGCCUAUAGCCAUGGAUGAGUCUGUGGCAAGAAAACUCUGGGAUAUCAGUGAAGUAAUGGUUGGCAUAGUACAGUAG